CUUUUAUCAUGUGCCUAUCCCCAUCUUUGUGUGAUAGUCAGUGAUACUGUCAUGCCUAGUAGACAGAAACUUUCAAUAGCUUCUUUUGUAAUACUCUUUGUGUCACUGGGAGCUGCUGCUACAUCACUUGGUCUCAUUCAGGGCACAAACUGUCCUCAAUGGUCGUGUGAUGAUGAAUAUGAAAACAUUUCCAUUUGGCAACUAAGUAUAGCAAGUUCUAUCAUUGCUACAAUAUGUCUUGGUCUGUUAACUGUCAUUGAGCUAAUCAGUGUUUUAUAUCAGACAAAUGUUAAAACGUUGUGUGCUAAGAUCCUUUAUAGUGGAUUAUUUUCUGUUUCUAUUUUCUUCCUAAUCAUUGCCACAGCAUCAGCUUCAUACAAUGUUGGUUAUUAUGGCUAUGGCUAUAACUAUGAUUAUGGUGUGGAACUCAUAGCAGCUGCUGUAUGUGCUAGUGUUGGAGCUUUGCUAACUAUUAUAGCUUUUUGUAUCUUUAAUGUGAAGCAGACGAAGUCAAGCGAUGAAUAUCAAAAUAUUAUUCAAAGGACUGAACACUAACUAUAACUGAUAGUCAUUGAGUGCAUGCUAUCAUUACUUAGUAGUUGUAUGGUAGCACAAAAGAAUAAAUUAACUCUCUAGAGAGCACACUGGUAUCAA